AUUUGCGUUUGGUCUAUUGUUAAUAUUUAUUAAAAAUGCAGUGAUAGUGACAGCUGACGAGGUGUCGAGUUGUUGCGUAGGUGGCUACGACUGUACUUGGACUGUCUCAUUUGUAUUAAUAAGAAGCAAGUGUUAACGUUAGAUUGUAAAGUUUAUUAAUUAUUUUUCACGACUGUAUAAAAACAGUCAAACCUAUACAUAGCGAUCAUGGAACAGAUGAUUGCUUUAAGUACCCAAAAUCCAUUGACUUUAUUAGUAAAGUUUGGGAUGAUGGCCUGGAAUGAUACUUGUGGAAAUGAAAAUUGUUCAGGACAUGGAGAAUGCUAUAAUGGUACUUGUUUGUGUGAGAUUCAGUUUGAUGGAUUAGAAUGUCAUGUUCCAAAUUUAAGUUACUACAUUGCAUUCGCAACUAUAUUCUUUAUGCUGGCAUUUGUGUGCCUAAUACAGCUUAUUAUGUGUAUCAUCGCAGAAUGGCAAAAAAUGAAAGCACCAUCCUUUCUUAGAGCUUGUAGGGUCACAACACAGAAAGUUUUAUAUUUUAUUGUGUUUCUUGCAUCAUUGAUAAGAGGAGCAUAUUUUACAUCCCCGACUGCAUUUAAAGAAGGAUGGUCCAGAAGUUUAUCAUCUGCAUAUUAUCCACUUGUUUUAAGUGGAUCUUCAUUAAUUGUUUGUUUCUGGGCUGAAGUAUUUCAUUUGAGAGAUAUGUCAUGGGACAAACCACAGUUUCUUUCAAAAUCAUUUAUGGGUUUUGUUGUGUUUAAUAUAUUAACAUAUUCUCUGCUUCUGGCAGAAUUUAUCACAGCUCAAAUAUAUGCACAAGAGGAUCAGGUAAUUUUUUCAAUUAUUUAUAAUGGAUGUUAUGCUGUGCUCUUAUUCAUUGUUGUGGUUUUCUUAUUAAUCUAUGGAGUAGAAAUAUACUUUAAGAUUCGAGGUGGCUUCUUGAAUGAAUAUCGAAGUAGUACAAUUUUGAAUAAACGUAUGGUCUCUGAUUUAAAAGUAAAUGCUGAAGAACAAGUUACUGCAAAAUUAUUUGAUCCUGUGCCAAGUACAUCAAAAGUAUCUCAAGUGCAAGAACAAAUAAAUAUUUCUCAGUUGCAUCAGUCUCGUGUUGGAUUAUUAUCACAAGCUUUUAUGCUGUUUAUUGUUGUUGGAUUUCUGUGCAGUGAAACACUUAGUGAAUUUUGGAAAACUAAAGUUCCUAUAUACAGCAGAAAUUGGCAUGAUAUUGUUUUUCGUGUUAUCGAAGUUGGGGUAAUACCUUUUAGUCCAGAGCAACUAUGGGUUUUAAAUCCAAAACGUCUUUUAAAGAAAUUAGAUCAUUCUAAAUAUGUAAAAGAAAUCGAAUUACAAGAUAAAAGUGAGCAAGAUGCUGCACUAUUUUCAGAUGGAACAUCAAUUAGUAGUAAAGAUUGUUGGAUUUGUUAUGAUAGUGAAAGACAAGAUGCUGGUCCAUUAAUACAACCUUGUCAAUGUAGAGGUGAUGUAAGCGCAGUUCAUCAUAAUUGUUUACGUCGAUGGCUGGUCGAGAGCUCUGUAAAUACUGAUUGUCUUACUUGCAAAGUAUGUGGUACGAAAUACAAUGUUGAACAUGCAAGUAGAUUGGAUUGGCAAGGUAGUAUAACUUCCCGUCAUUGUUUGCAAACUAUUGCUAUCGUUACAACAAUGUGUGGAUCAUCAGCUGCUGCUUGGACACUCAUUCAAUUGGUAGAGGGUCCAAUUAUUAGAAUGCUUGCUGCUGGAACUGCAUUGUUGGUGAUGUAUGUUUGUAUAAGGUUUAUAACUUUAAAUACAGUUGUGGCAUAUCAACGUGCCAAAAUUUCAUCUUUAAAUAUUAUUAGUUCUGACAAUAAUGGAAAUGCACACGUUUCUACUAUUAGUCAUACCGUUUGCGUAGACAUGGUAAAAUCUGAAACAGCCACAAUAUAAUAGAUAUUUGCCUCUUAAGUGACUCAAGGUUUAUUUUGUUUUUACUUGUGAAGACAUUUGGAAGAUAUAUACCAGGGAUGGCCAGCUACA